AUGGCUUUCAGACCUCCAUCUUUCAAUUGGUCAAGAUCUGUUGGACUGAAAUGGCAUUAUCAUAAUCCAAAAACUACUACACAAAAUAUAUAUUUUCAAAACCAAAGAGAUAUUCUACAACCAUUAUCAAGUGCUUCUCAUAUGGCUCAAUUAGUCCAACAACAGCAACAACAACCAGGACAACAACAACAAAAAAGAUAUUUCAGUAGUUAUUAUUAUCAAUUUCCUAAAAUUCCAAGACCUAAAAGAAAUGUCUUAUAUUAUUCAACUUGGUCAAAAGGUAAUUCAAAUACUUUAAACUCAUCAUCGUAUAAAUCAUAUUAUAAAUUUACAAAAUUACCAUUCCCCAAAAUAUCUAAAAGAUCUCUUUCCUCAGCAAAUCAAAAAUUAAAACUGAAAACUAAAAGAUUACAUACAAGAUUUUUUUCAAUUGAAGCAAGAUCAAAAAGACAACAAAAAAGACGUUUUAUAAGAUGGUGGACUAUAACUUCCUUAACUAUUGUAUUGGGAGGUGUAGCAGCUAAAAUUAAAUAUGAUAGAGAUGAAAUUAAUGAAAAUCCAUAUAAAAUUAGACCUCAAUCUUGGCAAUUAUAUGCAUAUUCGACAUUACCUUUAAAAACAAUUUCAAGAAUUUGGGGUUAUGUAAAUUCUAUAAAUUUACCUGUAUUUAUUAGAUCACCAUCAUAUAAAUUAUAUUCUGCAAUAUUUGGUGUAAAUUUAGAUGAAAUGGAAAAUCCAGAUUUAAAAAGUUAUAAUAAUUUAUCUGAAUUUUUUUAUAGAACUUUAAAACCUGGUGUAAGACCAAUUUCAGAAGAUGAUAUUGUAAGUCCUGCAGAUGGGAAAGUUUUAAAAUUUGGUUUAAUAGAACAAGGAGAAAUUGAACAAGUUAAAGGUAUGACUUAUUCAAUUGAUGCAUUAUUAGGUUUAUCAUCAACAAGAAAUUUAGCUGCUCCAACUUUAUCAACUGAAUUUGAUCAUGAAGAUGAUGAAGAAAAUAGAAUUAAAAGAGAUGAAGAAUUUGCUAAAGUUAAUGGAAUUUCUUAUACUGUUGAUGAUUUAGUUGGUGGAGAAAGUGAUUCUACUUUUCAUAUGCAUAAAUUAACUUAUAAAAAUGAUCAUGAUGGAACAGCAAAAGGUUCAAAUGCUUCAUUUUCAAAAGAAUUAGAAGUUGCAGAAGCACUUGCUCCAAAUCCAUUAGAAAUGCUUAGAAAAAAGAAAUUAUAUUUUGCAGUUAUAUAUUUAGCACCUGGUGAUUAUCAUCAUUUCCAUUCACCAACGAAUUGGGUAACAACUUUAAGACGUCAUUUUAUAGGAGAAUUAUUUUCAGUUGCUCCAUUUUUUCAAAAGACUUUACAAGGUUUAUUUGUAUUAAAUGAAAGAGUAGCCUUAUUAGGAUAUUGGAAAUAUGGUUUUUUUUCAAUGAUUCCUGUUGGUGCAACAAAUGUUGGAUCAAUAAUUGUAAAUUUUGAUAAAGAUUUGAAAACAAAUUCAAGAUUCGAACAUGAAGUUUAUAGUAGUACACCAUCAAGUUCUUCAAACUCAAUAUCGGAAAGCACUCCGUUAUUACAAAGGGAUUAUUCAGCUUCAGAUAUUUUAACAAUAAAUUCACAAGAUGAAAAGAUUCGUAAAAAGAAAUUAAGAAAAAACACAGUCUAUGAAGCUACUUAUACUAAUGCUAGUAGAAUUUUAGGUGGUUAUCCAUUAACAAAAGGUCAAGAUAUUGGUGGAUUUAAAUUAGGUUCAACUGUUGUUUUAGUAUUUGAAGCACCUGAUAAUUAUAAAUUUAAUUUAGAAGUUGGUGAAAAAGUUAAAGUUGGUCAAUCUUUAGGUUCUUUUGUUUGA